AUGGACCUGUGCUCUUCUUGGAACAUAGGUCUAAUGGUGCAAUUCCCGUACAGUCGCACAAGAACAGACACCCAAAACCAUACCGAGGAACAUGAAAAGCUCCCGUCCUUAGGAGCUACCGAUCGGCCCGUUCAUCCGGCGCCGACUACAAACUCAAGAGCCUUGGAUCGAGGACCCAGCUAUUCAUUUAGAAUCUCACCUGACAUGCUCUCGUACGACAUUGGCACUUCCUCUUUCGAUUCCGAUAUGCUACCAGGUCUCGAGUCCUGCCGGUUUUUGACUCUUCGUUUGUUUUACACGUCUCGUGUACUGUACGCAUAG